ACACAGUCCCUCACAGCAAAGCACAGGUCUGUUGGAUGCCUGUCUAAUGGGCAUCUGGCUGCUAAUUCUCCCACAACGUCCCACGAGAGCCAUUGGCCCUGCGUAGCUGCUUUUUAUCAGCAGUGCAGUCCAGCAGAAGAGAAGCAGAAGAAUAUAUUAAAUAGUUGGAUAUACCAGUUAUGUAUGCCUGUGGUCAUCAGUGUGUCUCCGGACAGGUAACCAGGUGUGUUACUGCUGUCAUGGCCUCGCCAAUCCUGCGGCUGUUUCCUGUCACUGUGCUCACAGUCCUUGUAGUGCUGGUGUCGUCUUCAGUGGACCAUGAGUGGCACUUUAACCCAGCUCAGUGUCGUUACGCCCUGGGGAUGGAGGAUGGCACCAUCCCAGACUCUGACAUCACUGCCUCCAGCGCCUGGUCAGACUCCACUGAAGCCAAACAUGGAAGGUUGAGUACUGGAGAGGGGGAUGGAGCGUGGUGUCCUGCUGGAGCCGUUUACCCCAGUGGAUCAGAAUACCUACAGGUAGACCUGCACAAACUCCACUUCCUGGCUCUGGUUGGUACCCAGGGUCGUCAUGCCGACGGGCACGGCCAGGAGUUUGCUCGCAGUUAUCGACUGCGCUAUUCCCGCGACGGACAGAAAUGGAUCACCUGGAAGGACCGCUGGAGCCAGGAAGUGGUGUCAGGGAAUGAGAACACCUAUGAUGUUGUGCUGAAAGACCUGGGUCCUCCCAUUGUGGCCCGCAUGGUGCGCUUCUACCCUCUGGCUGACCGGGUUAUGAGUGUGUGCCUUCGAGUAGAGCUCUAUGGUUGCGUUUGGAACGAUGGGUUGAAGGCUUACACAGCUCCAGUGGGUCAUGUCAUGCACCUGUCUGGCAUGCCUGUCUAUCUAAAUGACUCUACCUAUGAUGGGAGCAUCGAGCAAGGGUGCACAGUAACAACCGCCACACCCAGGGCGUGCGAGUCUUCAGCAAGGUAGAGUGUCUUUUCAAGCCUGGCAUUCUCCAGCCCUGGUCCUCUCCUCUCACUCUGCCCGUGCCCCUUGAGGAUCUGAAGGACCCCUCCUCACGACCCAUCUCCCUCCCACUGGGUGCCCGGCCGGCUCAGAUCCUCUGCUGCAAAUUCUACUUCGCUGACCGCUGGCUGCUAAUCAGCGAGAUAUCCUUUCUCUCUGAACCAUUUGAGGAGGAUGUCACAGAGACUGAUUCAUUUCCUCCUAAUCUUCCCAAGAAUCCUACCAACAGUUCUUCUCCUCCCUCUGUUAACCACACCUCCUCAUCUCCCACAUCGAGCCACAGCACCUCCAACACCACCGCCGACCCUUCUGAACCCCCCACCUCCACCACCUCCUUCAUGAUGGACACCACUGGUAACUGGACGCUGUCAGAAUUUGAACAGAACACUCCAAGGGCGGGGCUUCCUGUAGCGAAGGACGACAGCAGUAAUACUGCUAUUCUGAUUGGCUGCCUGGUGGGCAUCAUCCUUCUGCUGCUGGCGGUGAUAGCUGUCAUUCUGUGGAGGCAGUACUGGAAAAAGAUACUGGGCAAGGGCCAGGGCAGUCUGUCCAGUGAUGAGCUGCGGGUCCACCUGUCGGUCCCCUCGGACAACGUGGUCAUCAACAACACACACAGCUACUCGAGCCGCUAUCAGCGCAUCCACACCUUCCCCGACGACCGCGACCAUGACAGAGAGGGAGAAGGGGAGUACCAAGAGCCCAGUGCCCUGCUGCGCCCACGGGAUCAAAGAGACAGCACAGCCUUGCUGUUAAACAACCCAGCCUAUCACCUGCUCCUGUCAGAUCACAGAAAAGGCUCGAGACCCCUAGUCGUCCCCGGCACCACUCAGGCUCAGGAAAAGAGCCUCAAUGUGCCCCAGGCCUGUGGUUUGGACAUGGACAUGGAGAAGGGUUUCCCCCCAACUCAGGAGGAGCCUCCUCCUUACCCUGGCUCCCCUCCUUACCCCUCCCUGUCUCCCCCCGUGUCUCCCCCGCUGCCUCCCAGCGUUCCUCAUUACGCCGAGGCCGACAUUGUGAGCCUGCAGGGUGUCAGCGGUAACAACACCUACGCCGUGCCCGCCUUGGCCUCCUCGAGCCCUGGGGCCGACGCCGCCCCGCUGCCGGAGCUGCCGCGCCAGUGUCUCAUCUUUAAGGAGAAACUGGGAGAGGGACAGUUUGGAGAGGUGCACCUGUGUGAAAUCGAGAGCCCUCAGGACCUUCCCAACUUGGAGUUCCCCUUCAAUGUGAGAAAAGGUCGCCCUCUUCUGGUAGCAGUGAAGAUACUGCGCCCGGAUGCCUCCAAGAAUGCCAGGAACGACUUCCUGAAAGAGGUGAAGAUCCUGUCUCGCCUAAAGGACCCGAAUAUCAUCCGUCUGCUGGGAGUGUGUGUGAGCAGUGAUCCCCUCUGUAUGGUCACUGAGUACAUGGAAUGUGGAGACUUGAACCAGUACCUGUCCCACCGAGUGCUUUUGGACAAGACAGGGCCUUCGCACAAUACCCCGACCAUCAGUUACCCGGCCCUCAUCUCCAUGGCUAGCCAGAUCGCGUCAGGAAUGAAGUUCCUUUCCUCCCUCAACUUUGUGCACCGGGAUCUAGCCACGCGCAACUGUCUGGUCGGGGGUGAGAAGGGUGAGAGCGGAGAGGAUCGGGGUGGUGAGCGUCACAUCAAGAUAGCGGACUUUGGCAUGAGUAGGAACCUGUAUGCUGGAGACUACUAUAGGAUCCAGGGCAGAGCUGUGCUGCCAAUACGCUGGAUGGCCUGGGAGUGUAUCUUAAUGGGCAAGUUCACCACGGCCAGUGAUGUGUGGGCGUUCGGGGUCACUCUGUGGGAGAUGUUGAGCGUUUGUCAGGAGCAGCCGUACUCCAACCUCACAGAUGAACAAGUCAUCGACAACGCUGGGGAGUUCUUCAGAGACCAGGGCAGACAGGUGUACCUGAGUAAGCCGGCUGUGUGUCCUCAGGGUCUCUACGAGCUCAUGUUGAGUUGCUGGAACAGAGACUGCAAGCUCCGCCCAUCCUUCGCCUACAUCCACUCCUUUCUUACCGAGGACGCCAUGAACAUGGUGUAGAGAGAGAAUCCAAGAAACACACGAAGGAGAAAUGCAACAAUGCUGGGGGGGGGAGGGGACAUCUUGUACGUUUAUACAUCCUUGCUACAGCGGGAAGGUGUGGUGGAGGUGCUGCACAGUGGAGGCAGAUGAGAAGGAAGAGUGGGUUGCUCGCUUUUUAUAUUUGUACUUUUUUGGGUGGAUGGGCUGAGACACCGCUGGUUCGGUUUAUUUCCACGUCAGACCCCAACCCCAAAGGCAAAACUAACCCCAGCUUUAGAUAAGGUAACAGUCCGAGCUACAUUUCACAGUGGUUGGUGGUGGGUGCGGUCUGCAUAGGAACUUUCUCUCUUCUCAUAUACUUAACGUACGAGGAGGGUUUGUGUGACUGGUGAUUAAGUGCUGUAGAGUUAAUGACACAGGAAGCUGCAGGGGCUAAAUUACAGAAAAUACACCAAACUAUGAUCAUAGCACGCUAGGAAAGAACAAUUCUUAAGUUUCCCGACUUUUGUUUCUUCAACAUCUCAUAUACUACAUGCAGGGUAAUAGGUGAAGGUGCACAAACUUUUCUCAACCGAUCAUUCAGAUAUAAAAGUGCACACACAGGGACUGUCUUAGUAUUUAUAGUAUGUAUAGCCUAUAGUAUAAAGUUUAAUCUAAUUAAGUAGGAUUACUCCCAGCUUCAGCCCAUUUUGCCCACCUGAGACAAAAAAUGAUAAUCUACCUAGUCCAUGAGAAGACUACCUUUCUGGCAUUGCUAGAACAUGAGUGAUGAGAUUUCAUCAUGUUUGCUGACCCUUUAUUAGUCUGUCUGUCUCAACCCCAAAACCCUCUUACAUAGUCCCCCACAUCCACAGCUGUACCUCAAAGUUAUUGUGGACUAAUGUGAAAUGAUGUGGACCAGACAACAGCAGCCCCCUUUCUGCAAUCCGACUAUAUAAGUUUGCCCUCAACCACAGACCCCCUCAUUGUAGUCAAGAAGCCCAAGCAGUUUUUGAACCCCAUCUUUGAGCCACAGAGAGAAGAACUGUAUCCCUGGUGCCAAAUGGACUCAAACCUGAGGAGACAGGCACAGAAGAGGAGGGGAGAGUCUGUUGCUGCCGAUUGGAGCGACUUUUCCAAGCAGAAAGACAAUGCUGCCAGCCGGGGCGGCUGACGGGACAUCUUCAGAUGCGCCUGCUCAGGUGUUUUUGGCAAUUUUUUUUGUAUCUGGCUGUGAUCCAGACACAAAAGGAUAUAUGUAAAAUUCCACGACCAGCUGCACUUUAAAUCCUAUAUGCGUAUCCCUGGCCACGAUGAAACUCUUCACUGUGAGGGCCCUGAUAUGAUUCCUGUCGAUGUGGAUUCGAAUGCAUUUUACUUGCAAUGCUUUCAGAUAUUCAAGGGAGAUCAAAAUUUGGGACAGCCUGUCUGCCUUUUUAAACCUUCUCCCACAAGGCAUUGCCAAACCAUUAGAUGUAAAAUAUUAUUUAAAAAAUGGAAUGGCACCUUCAGUUCAUCUCAUUUUAAAUGUAUGACAACCAUUUGUUAUGAAACUAUAAGUGCAUUGAGAUGUCUUCACUCAUCCAAACGCAUUACUGUCUUUUAAAAACACAUUAUGUUAAGUGGGAAUGCUGAGUUAUGAUUUUAGUGUGAAUGUCAACGUCAACCUCUGCAUUCUCCCAUGUUAGUACAUUAAGCUGACUGGUAGACUCAAUGCAUCUACCGCACUACAAUGGUACGGUAUAGCACUGUAAAUCAGUCCUGGGAUGGUCAAGAUUAUCAACUAAUACAUGUUUACUGUGCCAUUUGAAUCAUUUUUGAUACACUGUAGUUCAGCUAAACCCAUAUUUUUAUAUAUACUGUAUGUACUUAGACACUCCUUGGUGUCUGAUUUCGUCCUUUUGUGUCUUUGAAGUUGAGCAUAAUAGUAUGUACAUAUUUUACGGACAGAAUUGUAAUUUCCUUUAUUAAUAUAUGGAAAACUCUUUGUUACAUUUGGGGUCUUCUGUAUCUCUGUAGAACGCUUGCUACCUUAAUGCCAUUGUAAUUCAUUGUCUAUUUUUGUAGAUGUUUUAAUAAAGUUAAUCUUUUCAAAUAAAACAAGAUGUGCCCUCGG